AUGAUUCAGAAGGGUCAAAACUUCAGACGGCUUCAUCGCCCAACGCUGCACCAUGGCAACCACAGCACCUACCUGCAAUACCAUAUAACACCAGCAUGGCGCUGUUUAAUCAUAUACAAAUCACCGCGUGAAGCUUGUUCUUUGAUUUCCCUUCAACUCGUCCAGGUAAAGAAGCAGCAGCAGGCGGUGGUGGGCUUCCUGGAGGCCAAUCGAAUCAGCUUCCAUGAGGUGGACAUCACGAUGCUGGAGGAACAGAGACUCUGGAUGUACCGCAACAUCCCCCCAGAGAAGCGGCCAGAGAAAGGAAACCCCCUGCCUCCACAGAUCUUCAAUGAAGAUCACUACUGUGGGGACUACGAGGAUUUCUUCCACUCAAAGGAGAACAACACUGUGUUUGCAUUCCUUGGACUCAGUUCUGGACCCUCAGUGAAAGAUUACCAGUCCUAGGCUCCACUGCCAGCGAGGAACGUCCGGGAAGGCCUGAAGCACAAGGACAAGAAUUGCGUCACUCCUGGGUGUUGCGUCACCUCACACAACCUGUGUCCUCUGCCACAGUGCCAACAUUAACCGAAUGUGUACGCCCUCCCC